AUGAAGGUGGAAGAACUUAUUAUUGAUGGAUUCAAAUCUUAUGCUACAAGAACGGUGAUCUCGGACUGGGACCCCCAAUUCAAUGCCAUCACAGGUCUCAACGGAUCUGGAAAAUCUAAUAUCUUAGAUUCCAUCUGCUUUGUGCUUGGAAUCUCGUCCAUGGCCACUGUGAGGGCCUCAAAUCUACAAGAUUUGAUCUAUAAGAGAGGUCAGGCAGGAGUGACAAAAGCCAGUGUUACCAUUGUUUUCGACAACAGUGACAAGAAAAACUCUCCGAUUGGGUUUGAGACGUACCCUCAAAUAUCUGUUACCAGGCAGAUAAUGCUGGGUGGUACUAGCAAGUACCUCAUCAAUGGGCAUCGCGCUCAGCAACAGACCGUGUUGCACUUGUUCCAAUCGGUGCAGUUAAACAUCAACAACCCAAAUUUUCUUAUUAUGCAAGGUAAAAUUACCAAAGUUCUUAAUAUGAAGCCAACGGAAAUACUCUCGCUUAUUGAGGAGGCUGCAGGUACGAAGAUGUUUGAGGACCGCAGAGAAAAGGCGGAGAGAACAAUGGCUAAGAAAGAAACCAAACUACAAGAGAUAAGAACAUUACUGAACGAAGAAAUAGAACCCAAGCUCGAAAAGCUUAGAAGUGAGAAACGCCAAUUUUUAGAAUAUCAAGAUAUACAAUCGGAUCUUGAAACUACGUCGAAAGUUGUACACUCCUUUACUUAUAAUUCUCUAAUCGAAAGCCGCAAGCACAUUGAAGAGAAUCACAAGUUCAAUAAUGAUCGUAUUCAUCAACUCAAUGAGCUACUUAAGAAGGCACAAGCAGAAAUGGUUAACUUGGAAGAGGACCUUAACGUAAUACGAGACCAGAAAAGAAAUGAGAUGAAAAAGAAUGGAACCCUAAGUCAGCUUGAAGUCCUUGAAAGUCAAUUGAAUAAUGAAGUCUCAAGGCUACGAACCACUUUGAAUAUCACGACUGAUAACUUGACUGAGGAAACAACAAAGGCCGAAAAGCUAAAGCAAAACAUUAACAAGUUUCAAAAAGCAUUGGAGAUCAAAAACUCUUCUUUCAUGAAUACCGAAGCUGAAUUUAGCACUUUGAAUUGCUUUGUUCAGGAUUUGAAAAACAAGCUUCAGUCUAAGGAAGAGCUGCUAUCAACACUGACCACCGGUAUAUCCUCCACCGGUGCAACCAACGCUGGUUAUGGUGCUCAGUUAAACAGUGUUAAGGUAAAACUAAACGACGCACGGAUACAGGUACAGAGAUUUGAUAUGAAAAUUGAUCUUUUGAGAAAAGAGCUAGCUGCUAAUGAGCCUAAAUUGAUUAAAGCAAACUCCUUUAGUGAGGAAGUCAAACGAGAGUUGGAAGCGAACAAAAUGCAAUGCGCGGGCUUGAACGCAAAACUGCAAAAAUUAGGAUUUAACCCAGAUCAGUUAAAGCAAUUGAAAGAGCAAGAAAUAGGUCUCAAAAAUAAGCUUUACAAUACUACCAACGAAUUGGAGGUUUUGAAGAGGAAGGUUGCAAACAUUGAGUUUUCAUAUUCCAAACCCUCGCCUCAUUUCAACUCUAAUUCAGUCAAGGGCGUGGCAGCUCAACUUUUUUCCUUGGACGAAAACAAUUUCAAUAGUGCCACUGCCCUACAGAUCUGCGCUGGAGGUAGACUUUUUAACGUUGUUGUUGACAAUGAAAAAACCGCCUCACAAUUACUCGAAGGCGGAAGACUGCGAAAACGAGUUACUAUCAUUCCUUUGAACAAAAUAUCAGCCCGCUCUCUAAACCAGCGGGCAUUGAGCGUGGCUAAGGAACUAGCGCCAGGUAAUGUCGAACUUGCUCUCAACUUGAUAGGCUAUCAAGAGGAAGUGUCAAGAGCCAUGGAGUUCAUCUUCGGAACAAGCUUGAUUUGCAAAGAUGCAGAAAGCGCAAAGAAGGUAACAUUUCAUCCACAAGUACGAGCAAGGAGCAUAACGCUGCAAGGCGACGUUUAUGAUCCCGAGGGAACGUUGUCUGGAGGUAGUAGGAACAACAACAGUUCAAUACUAAUUGAUAUCCAAAAAUAUAAUGCAUUGUCCAAAAUAGUAAUGAAUCUUGAGGCAGAUCUUAACAAAACCACGAAAGAGAUUGAGCAAUAUUCGGAAAUGUCUGCCACAACAAAAAGCAUUCAACAUGAUCUCAAUUUAGCUACACACAAGUUGCACCUAUCAGAGAGAAAUUUCGAAAAUAACCCGUCUGUUCAGCUUUUAACGAGAAAUAAAGAGAUUAAUGGGGAAAUAGCCGAGUGUCAGGAAUCAAGGAAUAGUGGAGUAGAAGAGGUGGGGAAACUAGAGGUCGAAUACACAAGGAUACAAAAAGAUAUGGAGGAGUUCAGUAAGGAUAAGAGCUCGAAAUUAGAUGAAUUGAAAACUGAGAUUCAUGACAUGCGAAGGGAAAUUGAAGAAAAGAAAAAUGUUCUCGACAAACAAGAAGAUUUUAAUCAAUCUUUACAACUCGAGAUCGAGCAAUUGAAAACAGAUACUUUAGCGGCGCAAGACGGGGUAAGAGAAUCCGCAGAGAUUUCCAAGGAGUUGACUGAUAAGCAACACAGCGCGGGGGAAAAGCUCGAAGUGGUUUUGCGUGAACUCGAACAGACUAAAGGAAAAGUAGAGGAGGAAAAAAAGAGGCUGUAUGAGAUUGAUGAGGAAAUGAGGGUACUGUCAGAACUUGUUAAGACAAAAAACGAACAGCUAAAAAAUGAUGGGGUUGAACUCAAAAAGCUGACGAAUGAGACCAGUAAAUUAGCAAACAACAACAAUUCUGUUGAUGAGAGCAUUAAGGUUUUGCUUCGCGACGAGGAGUGGCUUAAAGACGAAAGUCUAGUCUCCAGUAUUCUUAUUCAAAAUCAGGGAAUAAAUUUACAAGCGUAUCGCCAGCGUUCUCAACAACUAAAUGAAAAGUUCAACGGUAUGAAGCGCAAGGUUAAUCCAAACAUUAUGAGUAUGAUUGAAAACGUUGAGAAAAAAGAAUCCGCGCUCAAAACAAUGAUCACAACGAUUGAAAAGGAUAAAUUGAAAAUACAGGAAACAAUCUCUAAGUUAAAUGAGUAUAAACGGGAAACUCUAGUAAAGACCUGGGAGAAGGUAACAGUCGAUUUUGGGCAAAUAUUUGGAGAGCUGCUACCGAACUCGUUUGCGAAGCUAGUUCCAGUUGAAGGUAAAGACGUAACUGAAGGUCUCGAAGUGAAGAUUAGGUUGGGAAGCAUAUGGAAAGAAAGUCUUGCCGAGCUGUCGGGAGGACAAAGAUCCCUUAUUGCGCUUUCUCUCAUUUUGGCACUGCUUCAAUUCAAACCGGCCCCCAUGUACAUCCUGGAUGAAGUCGAUGCAGCGCUCGAUCUAAGUCAUACUCAGAACAUCGGGCACUUAAUCAGAACAAAGUUUAAAGGCUCUCAAUUCAUUGUUGUUUCCUUGAAAGAAGGUAUGUUCAACAAUGCAAAUCGCGUAUUUAGAACUAGAUUCCAAGAUGGAACAUCCGUAGUAAGUGCAAUAUAA